GCCGCCGCUUGCAACGUAAUUGCCAUCGAUCAUUUGCCAUGCUUGCAGCAAUGGACUUUCGGCCGUCGGACUUCUUCAUUGCCAAGAUUCCUUUGUCGCAUUCCACAUUUUUCUCCCACCUGUUCUCCUUUUCCUUUUACCUUCCCUCUCGUUUGACGAACUACUGUGUCCAAUUUUCGGAUCGAACGCUUCUUGUGUCAAUACAUCCGAGUCAGCGACUUGGUUCAUCGUCUUCCACUUCAGCCGGUUUGCUGACGACCAGCGACCGCCCCAAUGGCUCCAAUUCCGGGGCCGAGGCCUCUGCCGGUGAUCGGAAAUCUGCUUGACAUCAACAUCUCGCAAGCCAUCGCGAGCAUGUGUGCUCUUUCCGCCACUUACGGGCCGAUAUACAGGCUUCAUCUCGGCGGCCUAGACAUGGUCCUUCUCGGCAGCCAGGAACUUGUCGACGAGGUUUUCUCGCGGAAGGACUUUAUCAAACAGCCAAUCGGCUCGCUUAUAACCCUCAGAGCCCUCACCCCAGAUGGUCUUUUGACGGCAUUUCACGAACAAGAAGAAUGGGGCAUUGCACAUCGCGUUUUAGUCUCCGCCUUUGGACCACUUGCAGUUCAGAAAAUGGUUCCUGAAAUGCUUGACAUAACAUCCCAACUCGCUUUAAAGUGGGCUCGUUUUGGUGACACGACAGCCAUUAACCUCACUUCGGACUUUACACGGCUGACACUCGACACGAUUUCACUCUGCUCCAUGGACCUUCGCUUCAACUCGUUUUACAAGGACGAUCUAGACCCUUUUGUCGCGGCCUUCAUGGAUCUUCUCGAGACAUCAGACGCGCGGGAUCUGAGGCCGGGGUGGCUCAAUUAUUUCACGUGGACCGAGAAUAGAAGGUUCAGCAAAAACAUGAAAUACCUGCACAAGGUCGCUGGCGACGUCAUGGCCCGCCGCCGAGCUAACCCCACAACCAAACAAGACCUCCUGAAUACUAUGCUCAACGGUGUCGACCCAGUGACGGGCAAGCAUCUCUCCGACUCUACAAUCCGGGACAACAUGAUAACGUUCCUGAUUGCUGGCCACGAAACAACAUCCGCCAUGCUUUCAUUUCUAUUCUAUUUGCUCUUGAAAAACCCAGGGCCGUAUCAAACACUGCAGGCCGAAAUCGAUCAAGUGCUCGGGAGAGAACCGCUCACAGCCGAGCAUCUAACUCGGCUGCCAUACGCCAAGGCAUGCCUCAAGGAAGCCCUCCGGCUUCAGCCUCCUAUUCCCAUCUUUGGGAUACAACCAGUGUCAUCCGACCCAAAACUUCCUGUGAUUGUGGGGAAGAAGUGGAAGCUCAAGCACGCGCAGCCGGUUUUGAUCAUGAACGACCUGCUUCACCGGGACCCCCUCGUCUAUGGCGACGACGCCAACGAGUUCAGGCCGGAGAGAAUGCUCGACGAGAAUUUCAAAAAGCUCCCCAAGAACUGCUGGAAGCCGUUUGGUAAUGGGACGCGUGCAUGCAUUGGUAGCGACUUCGCUCUCCAAGAGGCAAUCCUAGCAGUCGCGGUCCUGUUCCAGAAGUUCGACUUCAAGCUUGUCGACCCCAACUACAAGCUGACCAUCAAAGAGAACGUAACCGUGAAACCCAGCAAUUUGUUCAUCUACGCAAAGCUCCGCCCGGGGGUCGACGCAACCGUGUUGUCGAGGGGAUUAUUCAGCAAUCCCGCGGAAGAGGCCGACCGCACCGAGAGUAAGGCGGAUAAAAGCGAGAAGUCCAAGGAGCAGCAACGGCCGAUAUCCAUCUUCUACGGCUCCAACAUGGGAACCUGCAAAGGCCUAGCCGAUAGCCUCGCCUUGAAAUCCCGUCGCCAGGGAUUUGCUUCGUCCGUGGCUCCACUAGAUGAUGCCGUGGGCAGGAUUACGGGAGAGCAUGCGGUGGUCAUCAUCACGGCAAGCUACGAAGGCGAACCUCCAGACAAUGCUGUUAAAUUCGUCAACUGGCUAUCCGAGCCUAGAGAUGCCGACGCCUUCAAAGGCGCUCGCUUCGCCGUGUUUGGUUGCGGAAACCGCGAUUGGCAUGAUACGUUUCAGCGGAUCCCAACUCUUGUCGGCUCUCUGCUACAGAAACAUGGAGCAACAGCUAUCGCACCGACAGGCGACGCCGAUGCGAGCGAGGGUAACAUACUCGGGGACUUUGAAGCCUGGCAGGUGGACAACUUCUGGCCCGGAAUUGCUCAGAUAUAUAAUUACGACACCCAAAACGGUGUUUCUCGGACUGAAGAGCCCUGGACAAGUGGAGCCUGGGCUGGCGAACGGCUGGAGUUAUCCGCACCGUCUUUGGCGCCAGGCGGACAGGCCACAGUCACUGAGAUGCUGGUGCUGACGGCUAGCGGCGAACGCCCAAAGCGCCACAUGGAAUUGAAGCUUCCCGAGGGCACGACAUAUGAUGUUGGUGACUACCUCGAAGUCUAUCCUCAAAAUACUCGACAAGAUGUGGACAGACUGCUGGGAAUCCUAAAGACUCGAGGACUUGAGGAUCACGGGAGCGGGGGCGAUGAAGACUCCUUCCGCUUCUCGCUCACGUCCAGGCUUGAACUAAAUCAGCCAGCGACUGCAAAGACACUUGCCAAGAGCUGUCAGGACGAAAUGGAGAGAACCCGGCUCGAGUGGCUCGCUAACUCAUCGGCCGAGGCAAACCUCGCUUCUCACGCAACAACCUACCGGCGGCCUUCCAUCCCCCAGAUUCUCGAGCUGUUCCCCUCGAUAUCAGUACCGGCGACACAGCUCGUGUCAAUGCUGCCGCCUCUCCGGCCGCGCCAGUACUCUAUCUCGUCGAGCCCGCUGUGGUCAGCCGAGUCGUGCACAAUCACGUGGUCACUCAUCACGCAUCCUCCCAUCCACCCCGACAUCGCCAAGAACCCGUCGCCCACCGUCGGCCUGGCCUCGAGCUUCCUCGCUGGGCUCAAGGCCGGCGACACGGUCGACAUCUCCAUCCGGGCCGGACAGGCGCGAUUCCGGCCACCCGCAGAUGUAGACGCGGCGGCAACCCCCGUGAUCAUGGCGGCUGCCGGCAGCGGCAUCGCGCCCUUCCGCGGGUUCGUGCAGCACCGCGCCGAGAUGGUGCGACGCGGCCACGCCCUCGCCCCGGCCGUCCUGCUCGUCGGCUGCCGCAGCCCCGAGGACGCGCCGUACGCGGCCGAGCUCGCCGAGUGGCAGGCUGCUGGCGCCGUCGACGUGCGGUACGCGUACUCGCGUGUCGAGGCUGAAACGCCGCAGGGAGGGCGAUAUUACGUGCAGGACCGCGUCCGAGAGGACGGGGGCGAGCUGGCGGCACUGUGGGACCGCGGCGCGAGAGUAUACAUCUGUGGCGGCCGCCCAGUCAGCCAGGGCAUCAAGGAUGUCGUUAGAGGUAUCUACUUGGCCGAGGCGGAGAAGAGGGGCUGUGGCGCUCCGACCGAGCAGCAGGUGGAGGAGUGGCUGGUGGAAGCGAGGCGCGAGAGAUAUGCGGUUGAGGUGUUUUGAUUGUGGCUGUCACAUGUCCAAGUGAUGAUUACAUGUACAACCUGUUUAUCGUCAGUGUCAUAACCAACCCGUUCACACACUUGACUCGCACGACGAAGUCUUAGCAUCGCAGCAGCAUCAGAACAGGACUCGAGUCUCGGCUCGGUGCCUGUUCUCGGCUUCCUGAGUUAACCUGGCCUCUCUGCUUUUCCAUGCAGCGGUGGCGCCAACGCCCAGCUAGCUCAGCUCAGCUCACCCUUAUCUGCUCCUACUGUUUGAUUGGUUGCUUGGCAUAAGACCCGAGUAGAAGUUUUGGACCCGGGUGGCGAGCUAGAAAUGCUGGCGGCGGAUGGACAAGUAGCGGCGAGCGUUGCAAAGCCUGAGUUUUGUGGCUGCGGAAGAGAAAAUUGGUGUAAAACAGCGUUAUGCCCCCCCGAUUAAUUCAUUGAUUAUUUUACAUCGGG